AAAACAACUUUUUUAAUAUUUUUAUCUUCAAGACAAGGUGAAAACCUUUUAUAUCUAGUAAUUCGCUACCAAACGCUCCGUGACAUUUGCAGAAUGACGAUCUGCAUUGUGGAUCACUAUUUUAGUAUCAAUAAAAUACUUUUUCGUGCAGUUGCCUUAUGGCCUUAUCAUCGAACUCGAUUCAAUGAAUUUCAAUGGUUCUUCUUUCUUGUUAUUUUGAUUACCUUUAUCUUAGCCGAGUUGACACCAUUUCUAACUACAGAAUGUACACCUUAUAUGGCAAUUAAAAUUUUCUCCUUUGCAUUGUCCUUUACUAUAUUUUUGAUAAAGUUUAUUUCCUUCCGUAUUAAUGCCGAUACUAUAAGAUAUCUAUUGGAGAAAUUUCAAUAUAUAUGUGACGAGAUAACAGACGAAGAUGAAAUUGCUAUCAUAAAAGAAUAUGGGUACGAGGCGAAACGGUUUACGCUUAUUGUUUCAGUAUACGGCGUGUCCAAUGCAAUUACUUCGUCUGUUCUACCUGUUGUCCCGCGAAUUCUUCGUACUUUUACGUCCAUAAAUGUGUCUGACGAACAUUUUAUGAUACAUAUUACGAGAGAAUACUUUGUCGAUCAAGAGAAGUAUUUCUAUUAUAUUUUGCUGCAUCUGGGUGCAAGCUUCCUUAUAGGAACAAUUGUAAUAGUAGGAACAGGAUCAUUGCUGUUUGGUUGCAUGAAAUAUAUGUGCGGAUUAUUUAGAAUCGCCAGUUAUCGUAUUGAUCAAACAAUGGAGACUCCGAUGUUUCAAAGUGCUGGUUUGUCGAAGGAUUGUGUAACUUAUAAAAACAUUGAACGUGCCAUAGACAUUCAUCGGAAAGCAAUAGAAUUAUGUGAUAUAAUAAGAUCCAAUAUUGUGGGAACAUUUUUUUUACUAAUGUUAAUUAGCGUUCUGUGCUUAAGUCUCAAUUUUUAUGGACUUCACCAAGUUAUAAUGCUUAAGAGCGUCAUAAAGGAAUAUAUACCACUUGUUUCAAAUAUAAUUGGCACUCUAGUGUAUGUGUUCAUAAACAGUUACGUCGGACAAGAAAUUACAGACCACCAUAAUCAUAUGUUUAUCAGCGUAUACAACGCUAAGUGGUACAGAACUCCUUUAUAUAUACAAAGGAUAAUUUUGUUACUGUUGCAAAAAGGUACAGGAAAUUAUUAUGUUGUUUUUGGUGGAAUAUUCGUGCUGUCUAUGGAAAAUGCGGCCACGGUAAAAGUAUUUCAUGUUAUGUCAUGUUAUGAAAUUACAUCAAAUUAUAAUCUUCCAAACAGCAUGCACUUUACAGUGAAAUAAAACAAUGCAAAAUAUGUUUCAGUUGUUAAGCACUUCUAUAUCAUAUUUCACCGUUCUCAGUUCUGUACAAAAUCCGUGAUGUAACUAACUAAUUACAAUGAGUUAAUGAGUUCGUUUGGAUUAGAUUAAAUUAAAAUUGAUUCCGCAUCCUAGAGAAUUCUGAAGUAGUAGUCUUAUCGUCGAAAGGAGAAGAACUUGUUAAUCAACGCAUCUUGAUAUUUUUCUGCGUAAUUCAAAGAAUAUAAUUUCGCAACUGUGGGUGUAUCGUACAAUUUUAUUGAUGUUCCUUUAAUCGAAAGUUUAAAGUAAUCCAUAUAUGUACACAAGAUUGUAAUAUAUAAUUCUCAAUACAUAUUACAAAUAUGUGCGGGGCAUGAUUAGUAACAAAAUGUAAAUCAAAUUCACAAUAUAUUAGUUGCUUUUGAUAUAUUAUCCGCAUUUUGUGAUUUAUAUAUAACCACUGAAUGUGUGUACCUAAUUUAAAUAUUAAAUACAUAACAUGUAUAUAUGUCAAAUAAAGUUAUUCUUUGUAAGUGUGAUUCUUCACUAAUUCAGCUUUUUGUCAAUGUUUUCAAUAAAAACAAAAUCGGACCAAUAAUACGUUUGAAGAUAAUUUACAUUCCCAUUGAAUUUAUACACUGAGAAAAAUUUCCAUCGGAUAACCGAUUAAAUAGUGUUUCCGAUUGUUAAUUCUGUUUAAAUGAUUAAACCGAUUAAGUAAUGGAUAUAUCCGAUUACCUUCAUCGAAUAUGUCCGAUCAUCUUCUUUGUCUUAAUACAAUUUAAUCGGAUAUAUCCAUUUGUUACUAUGUAAUUGAUUAUCCGAUUAAAUAGUUUUCUCAGUGUAGAUAAUCACCCUAAGAUAUUAUAAAACUGAGAAUAUGCUCCAACAUGCUUUCAAUAAAGUUUGAGUGUAUAUUUUACGUUUUCUAUAUUGUAGUUGUGUUUUAUAUUUUACAAAAGCACGUAUUGUGCAUUGUUAAACCAACAGUGGGGGAGACACAAGAUAAGAUAUACAGACAAAGUAAGGUAGGUAUCAGCAUCGAGAUCCGUUUGGUGCAUACCUCACUGCCGUGGUCCAUGCGCGCUGAUCCGCACCGCGUACCAGUCGCGCGUGAAUUUCAAAGCUGAUUAAACACGUGUACGCGGAAGACCGGCCGCAUUCUGUACUGCAAUGCCGGCGAGGGCGGCAACGAUCCUGGCUCAUUUUCCUGGUGAACGCGCGUCACACGGGCUCCACAUCAUUAUCUGGUCGCCGCUGAUGUUUCUUCGCCCAUGUCCACCCUUUUCUUCUCGUUCCGCUGUGUUCCAAAUUCUUCAUUAAUUCCUCUUCGCUAAUUUCUCAAUCGCUGUGUGAUUUCUUCGCCGAUGUUUCCGUUUCGUUAUUGCGUUUCUUUUGCAACGCAUCUUCGGACUUGUCUUACUUCUGUGUCGUCUUUCUUUGAUGGUGCCUACACCUCUGACUAAUUGUUCUGUUUCCCAUUGCACACCCCGCACUUUCUCUCUAAACUUAAAAACCUGUUACAUUCCUAUCUAAUUCUUUUAUUAUUCAAAAUAGAACGGAGUCAAGACUUUUGGAAUUCACCGAUAUUUAAUACAAUUACAAUAUAUUGUAAUUCCAAAAAGGUCAUACAUUUGCUAAUCUAUAGGCAUCAUAUUUUUAAAAUAGUUGCGUCUUUAUUACGUCGAUGUUGUAUCUCCAAUAAUUUCGUGCUGCAUUUUGCACUACUGCACGUUUAUCAUCAAUUUGAUAUUUAUUCUAACAUUUCAUUUUUUGCUACAAUCUGGAUGGUGACAUGAUCAAAGUUAAAUUAAACGACGAGGAUUAUUUGAUGUUGGUAGAAUCAACCCGCGCCGACCCGCGCAAGAAUUCUGCAUUACCAACCUCGCUGUUGACGCAUCCUUCAUGGCAACCAUGCCAGAGGACGCCCAGUGCAGCGUCACGCGUCGCCCCUUGGCAGCGGGCGCAGGAGCACGACCGUGUCCUCCGGGUUGCCAUCCGGCAGGAAGUUCAGUCGGUGCCGGUCGGUCCCGGAAGCCGUUCACGUCUGGGCAUUCUGCGGGACGCAAAAUCUAAGAUGGCAACAGACAUGUACAUUUGAUAGGGUGGUCCAUUCGAGAUCAGGGAGAAAGCCGAUUCGGUUUUAGCGUAACGCGCGAUAAUGAGCGAGUGAAAACGGCUAAAAGAGACGGGA